AUGGCAUGGCUGCCACCAACAUCCCCAGCUACCUUGCGCGCCUCAAAACGCACCUGCGAAGAGGAUAUAAAGGACUUCCCGAAGAGACAAUGUCGGACUGAAUUCCAGACGCUCACUGAAGCUACCAGUGAUGUCAACAACAACUACUCUGGCGAGUUAUCAGAGACCACUCCACAAUCAUCGUCGUCGCUAUUUCCAGUUCAGUCUGCACAUCCAGAGAGAUCCGAUACACGUCUACCAGAUAUCAACGAGAUUGCUGUAGGCCAUGAAGUUUCACAUUAUAAUUUGUAUGCUCCAGCCCGUACAUACAGAGAUUUGAAUGAACAGCACGGCCUCACAGUACCCUUCCUGCCUCCGCCAGCUUCUCAGCGGAGCUACGACUAUGCAAGCUAUCCGCAUCAAUACCAUUCGGACGAACUACCUAUGAGUGUGCUAGGACUAUCUGUGCCUCAUGUUCCGCCUGAUCAAGGACAAUAUUACCCUUUGGACUCUUCGAUCGCUAUAAACCCUCAAGUCCAUGAACAGCCAAUAGAGGAAAGGCUUAUCUUAGCCCUAACUGCAGCAGGCUAUGGCCAAGAUGUUACGGCUUCCACAUCGGCUGAACAAGCAGCUUGGCAAGAUGUUUACACUAGGCAAAACAUAUGGCUUUUUAGAGCGGAAGCAGACCUCCAAGGUCAUACUAUCGAAGUCGUUCCUGGUAUUCCCACUGAACAAGGCGCUCUAGGAAGUUCCGCUGGCAUCAAUCAUGAUCUGAUUCCCACUGAGGUGUGGUUUCUGCGCUCCCUUUCGCCUUUGUUACGCUAUAGCGCGUACCGUAUGAUGACCGAGGAAGCACAUGAGAUGAUCACCUAUGACCAGGCUAGCGAAGAGUUCCAAAGACGUUGGGCGUGGAUUCUGAAUUUUCAAGCAUUUUUGCUGUGGAAAGAGAAAGAGUGGGUGGGAUCUUUCCAACAGAUUGUCGAUACGCACAGACGGCGGUGUUGGGACCAGAAAGUGGAAGAGCAAGCCAUCGAGACCCCUGUCAACCAGGCGAUGAUUGAUACGUUCAAGCGAUCGAAGAUGGAGGCUCGCGGUGCGCCACUUGUCGGUGUGACUUUGGACAAUGAAACGCCACAGGUGCCUCCUUCUGAGUCAGUGCCCGUAGCGGAGCAGCCGGCUACAAGGAACAACACCACAGAAAAGUUUCAGAGCCCGAUAUCUCAUUCUGAUAUACCGUCGAUACUGCCAGAAAGGCUACAUAAGCCAGACAUGAUCAAGCAUCCUUUGGAUAAGAUCGCGGUUCCAUCGUAUCCUUUCGACAAAAUCAGCGAUUUCACUCCAAACGGAGAGGGUAUAUACCAAUGCAUGCACCGUUUUGGAAGGAAGUGGCCUUGCUGCAAAAAUGGGCUGGAUGAGCAAAAAAUGAAGCAAGCGAUCUAUAGGAGUAUCAGUACGUGGAAGUCACAAGUUGAGCGCCUGAUCGAGAACGGCGAUCUGCAUCGGAGUCAUAUGACCUGGCCAACACAUCAGAAUCAGGCGUUAAAAAGAGCUCAUAUCGCUGCAGAAAGACAGCGAGCAGAAACAGAAUCAGGGAAUGGAGAAGUAGAAGCGGAGCGAAUUGGUAACGAGGAUAAGAAGCAGAAACAGAAAAGGCUGAUGGACAACACAGCAAAGGUAAGCCAGGGGAAGAACACGCAACUAGGUUUGCAGCAGGAACUACUCGAAGAAGAUGCGACGUCUGAAUCUUCAUCUGUUUCGACACUAAACUUACACCGCCAGUACGAAGCGACAGCACCUAAACUAUCUCCUGACGUAGUUGUUGCGCAACUCGUAUCUGAUUGGAAUAUUGCACGGAUCAACAUACGAGACAAGCAAGAAUUCGAUAACUGUCUGCAUUUAGAGCAGGGUAAGAAAUGGCCUAAGUGGCCACGCUUCAAGGAGUGGUGGGCAGCAAGGCUUUCUCAGGUCGAGUUUUUGCAGCUUUCACAGGACCAGAAGAUUGUCUUGAAGCGUCCCGAACCAUCUAGCAUUGCGGACGAUGAGGCAGCGUUUGUAGAGAAGACCAAGGAAUCACUGCCGCUUGAUGCACAAGGGCCAGCCGAUACGGAAGAGAACACUGACCCAGACGGUUCAGACCUGGAUGGACUGUUUGAUGAUGGUGAUGAAACGAAUCUCCAGGAGACAUAG